AUGACCACGCACCUCUUACGUCUAACCUCCCACUGUCUUUCCUCUCAGUGCGUGAAGAACGUGGUGCUGGAGGUGACGCGCGACGACGGCGAGAUCGACCGCAGUACGUUGCAGACCGACCUGGUGCUGCGCAAAGAAGUCGGCAAUGCGCGACUCGUGAGUGGCGAUGCGAUGCUGUGGGUGGGCAAGGGAGUGCUAUCCCACAAGGACUCAACGGUGGACUCGAAGCCCACUCGCACGGUGCGUGUGGAGAACGGUAAGCGUCGGUUCGUGUUCACUGUGGCCUUGGACGCAGCCGGCAAGCAGUUCUACGCCGACCUCAAAGACCAAGUGGACGGCAAGGCGGGCGUGGAGAUUCGCAUGAAGAAGCGAAAGAUCCGCAAGCAGCUGAGCAAAGUCAUGGGGUUCACGCCCGUCAACACGCUCAAAAGCCCGAUGAAAAGCCCCCUCAAAAGCCCCACUCCAGUGCUCAAUAGUCCUGCUAAGAAGCCCCCGAUGACCCCCAAACGCAGUCCUCUGGCUGAGAUCGGGACGCCUCAAAGGACUCCUCAGUUGACGCUCCCACCACCGUUGCCAGUGACUGCAAAAGGAGCGUCCUCGUCCCUGUCCUCGCCGUUGAGAUCGCCAUUUCGCUCUCCGUUCCGCAAGAAAGCGCGACUCUCGCUGAGCCCAUCGAGUGCAGCAAAGUCAUCUGCGGAAAGCAAGACCCCAUCGUCGCGGUCUCCUGUGCGUGAAUGGCUGAGUCCUGUUCGAUCGCUGAAGUUGCGCAGUGGCCCAACUCCACCGGAUUUGAAACGACACAGCAGUCACACGCCACAAAGCCAGACUACGAAGGAAAACGGUGGAUCUGCUCGUAGCUCUGGCGAGAAGAACCGCCGAAAGUCGAUCACGGGGUCGAUUAACAAGCGCGUUCGCUCUCUCCAAUUGAUGCUUGACGACGACUCGGCUGCCAAAGACCCCGAGGCACAAGCUCAGCGGAAGAUCACUUCGCACUUUUUCAAGAAGGACCCAACUAGUACCUCUCAGCACGAGAACACAGCACGGGCGCUUGAUUUAUCGAUGGACUCCGCUGCUACCGAUGAGAACGAUGACAAGACUGACGCAUCUGACCCAAGCACGGGCGAAUCGCCACAAGACGCGACUCAAAGAAGUACGCAUGGAUUACUGAAUCUUGGGAACUACUGCUACAUGAAUGCUAUCGUGCAGGCUCUAGCAGCUCUUCCUGAAUUCGUGAGUGCUGUUCAAGACGAGAACAAUCUGCUGAAAAUCAUCCUGAAACAACCCCAAUCGAGCGUUCGGGCUAAGUCAUUGGAGCAGCUGAAGGCCGUUUUCGACGAUUGGAGAACCAGCGGUGAUACCAAGCAUCUCCCAUUGCAGUAUACACUUGGGCAGCUGCUUCACCUUGUUAUCAAUGGCAGCGAGACGUCGAUCAAUCCAGAACCGCUCAAGGCUGUGAUGGGAAAGAAAAACGCCAUCUUUGCAACCCACUUUCAGCAAGAUGCCCAUGAGUUUUUGCUCAACCUUGUGACUGAAUACGAGAAGGAGCUUGUGGAAAUGGCCAAAGGAGUCACGGAAAAGAUUCAAGCAGAGGCCAAGUCUUCUCCUCAAAAAGGCAGCCUGCUAAACUUCUUCCGGAACAACCCCAAAGCAAACGAAGCACAACCUGAAAAAGACAAAACCUCCGAUGCAGAGCUUGAGCUCAUUUGCCAGCUGCCUCCUGCAAAGUGUUUUCGAGCAGAGCUUUACCGUACUCUGACCUGCCGGAACUGUGGCUACAGUCGAAAGCAAGCUGAAACGUUUUACGAUUUCUCGUUGGAUCUACCUUACUACCCGAUUCCAGAGCCGGAGCCCACAGCAGAACAAGAGCCUCAAGCAUCACCCCCACCAGAACGUCAGUGCUUUUGCAACUUGUCCCCUGUGACGAUGGGUGAGGGCAGUGAACGCUUCUACUGCUGCCCAAAGUCGUCCUGCAGCUAUCAAGAGAAAAUGGUUGAGACUCAAGAAUCAGCUUUUUCCCCCGAUAAAGCGGAUGUGACGAUGAAAUCAGUUUUAUCGCCUCAGACUCCUGCCUCCGGUUGGCAAGCACGACCGUCAACGAUUGAGCUGGAGACAUUGAUUCAGAAACAAUUUGAGACGGAGGUGCUGGAGUUGACUUGCGAGAAGUGCAAAGUGGGCAAGGAAGCAGAGUCGGCUUACCAGGUCAAGUCUCUGCCUUCGAUUCUUGUAUUCCACCUUAAGCGCUUCGAGGUGAACCCCCAUACUGGCGCGUUGUUCAAGCGAUGCGAUCCGAUUGUUCCACCCGCCACGAUUGAUCCAGCUCAUUCGAUUAACAAUACGGCUCCAUCAGAAAGUGAGUCGCGCUAUGUGCUGAAAAGUGUCAUCCAUCACCUGGGUAAGAGCAUCGACGAAGGGCAUUAUGUUGCCGACAUUUGUGAUGCUGGAGGCCAGUGGAUUCGCCGGAACGACACACAUGAGUCUAUGAUUUCGGAAGAAUAUGCUUUACAAGCCUACCGAAGUCAGGAAUCAUGUUACAUGUUUUUCUACGUCCAAUCCGAAAGAAGUGGAGCAGAUGAAGGAAAAGAAAACGUACCACUUAAUCGUGCUUCGCAAGAUGAGAACGGCGAAAACUCCAACCAGCGGCAAGGAACUUCCAGCGAGAACUUGCGAGCUUUCCUUUAG